GGCAAUCCGAUGUUAAAAGAUCUACCAUAGAUUCGAGUUUCUAAGUUUACAAGGUCACUAAACCCACGUUUUCCGUUACCAAAUCUUAGCUGUUUCAAGGUGUAGUGAUCUACAAAACUCAAAAGAUAUCAAUAAAUAAACAUGCUUCGAGUACUUCAAAAAAGAAUCUCCAAGAAUUUGGCAGCACAAUGCACAAGGAUGGUUGCUACAGGGAAAUCACCUGAAGUGGAAGUACCAGAGCUUGAGGAAUCAUUUGCUAAUUCCAAGAAACUUCCUGAAAGAGGCAUGAAUAAGGUCACACUUGUAGGUCGAGUAGGCAGAGUCCCAGAGCAGAGAGGAACAAGUGAACACCCUGCUGUAAUAUUUCCAUUAGCUACAAACAUGACCUUCAAAAGGGCUAAUGGGGAAUUGACAACUAGAACAGACUGGCACAGAGUUUGUGUGUUUUUACCUGGUUUAAGAAAUAUUGCUGCUAACAGAGUAAACAAAGGAGAUCGUCUACUUGUAGAAGGGUCACUAUCUUACCAAAGAUACACAGAUUCUGAUAAUAAAGAAGUCAAUGUUACAUCCAUCCUUGCUAAUAACAUCCUCAUCUUAUCAAGGCGACCAAAUCAAGUAGAGCAGGAGGAGCCAGAGGAAGCUUAAACCCAAAUGUUGAUCAACUAGUGAUGUCAUUAUUUUGUUCAAGAGUGCCAGAAUUAAAUUUUUUUUGUAAUGUACUACUGGAAGAGUGAGUUAUGUGUGUGAUAAUGUAUGGUGGCUACAGUUCAUAGCUCUGAUCAAAUGUUAAUUUUUACUUAUUGGAGAUCUAUGAAGAUUCAAUUCAUGUAGGGAUCAUUACAUUUUUUUUGUUGACCUGACAUUGAUGUUAGUAAAAAUGAAUCUUUUUAUAUAUUUAUUAUAUGAAAAAAAAAGUUUUGUAAAAUAAAAGUAUUAGCUCUGACAUU